UCGAACCUCAAGAAGAAGAAGAUAAAUACUUCAACUUUUCUCUCCAUCUUUACAAAGUUUUUUUGUUCCAAAAAGCUAGCUAGAUGAUGAUGCAUGGAGUCAUGAGAAGUGCUGUGGUACUAGGAUGGCUUCUUCUUGUUCUUGAAAUGAGUGUGGGAUAUGGUGCAGUAGUUUCUCCAUCUGUGAUGGAAAAGAUCAAAGCUGUAAAUAAAAAGGGGCCAUUCUUGGGUAUAGUGGUGCCUAACAGCUUUGAGAUGAACCCUCUCCUCCAAUCUCCAAGCUUUGUUUCUGAUCCCUCCAUACCCUUCUUGGAUUUUGCUGGAAGGAGAUUUCGGAUUGCAAGUCUCAAGAAUAAGAAGGUUAUAGUUGUGAUGUCAGGACUGGGAAUGCUUAAUUCAGGUAUUGCUACACAGUUGCUGCUAAGUUUCUUUGAGGUUGAAGGAGUUGUUCACUAUGGAAUAUCUGGAAAUGCAAAUCCACAACUCCAAAUAGGAGAUGUGACCAUUCCCCAAUUUUGGGCUCACACAGGCCUUUGGAACUGGCAGAGGUUUGGGGAUGGACCAAAUGAUGAACUAGCCUUGGAAUCCAAUGGAGACUAUACUAGAGAGAUUGGGUACCUUAACUUCUCCAAAUAUGACACUGCAAAGGUGUCUUCAGGUAACCUUUUGAACAAUGUGUGGUACCAGCCAGAAGAGAUCUUUCCCAUUGAUGGAUAUCCUGAGAUCAGACAACAUGCUUUUUGGACACCAGUCAAUGAACCAUACUUCUCCCUUGCCAAGAAACUUGAGAAUAUGAAGCUAGAGGGUUGUGUAAACUCUACCUGCUUACAAAGAGCACCAAAAGUAGUGAGGGUAAAGAGAGGGGUGAGUGCCAAUGUCUUCGUGGACAACAGUGCUUACCGCGACUUCUUGCAUUCUGCAUUCAAUGCCACUCCUAUCGACAUGGAAACUGCUGCAGUCGCGCUUGUUUGCUCACAGCAAAGAGUGCCAUUCAUCGCGAUAAGAGCGCUGUCUGAUCUAGCUGGCGGAGGCUCCUCUGAAUCCAAUGAAGCAGCCUUGUUUGCCCCAUUGGCAGCUCAGAAUGCAGCAGAUGUUCUGCUAGGAUUCAUUUCCUUGAUUCCAUAAUUCCCAAUGUUCAAGUACUGCAACAGUAGUUCCAUAUCUCCCUGCAUUACCAAUCAAUGUAUAUGUGCAAUAUUACAAUAAGAAAUUGUGUUAA